AUGUCUUAUGAUCGUCAAGAUAGUACAUUGACUACAUCAACGUGGACAAGAUGUGCAUCCGCUUUAUCGUCAUUUUCUGUUGGUCACAAAAUACCAGUGCGUCAAAUACCAGUGAUAAAAGGUGAUAUUAAUUACAUGAGUACUGAUGAUAGUGAUUAUAGUGAAUAUGAUAAUAUGGAGACAAAUAAUGAAGAAAAUAUUAAACAACUUCGCCUUCUUAUUGAAGAUAUACAAAUAUCCGUUAAAGUAUUAGAAACAAAUUAUGAAUCAGAUGAAAUAACUGAAAGUCUUGAAUUUAUUUAUUCAUUAUUUUAUGAUUAUUCAAGUAAAGAUAAUCCAAUAUUUGCUCAUACACUUGUUGAAGAAAAUUAUUGUACACAAGCUCAAAAAUUAUUGACCUAUUAUGUCAAAACUGGUAUAUUUUCUAAUCCAAAUAUAAAACGAUCAACACAAUUUAUUAUGUAUACUUUAUGGAAUUUUAGUGGAAUUAGUGAUAAAUUUCGUUUAUGUUUAGCACAAAAAUUUCCUCUCAGUUGUUUAUUUGAUUUUUUACAACCAUCGUUUACUCCAACAAUGAAUAGUAAUAAUGAUCAAGCUAUUUUAAAAAAUUUAAAACAAGCAGCCAUAAGUAUAAUACAUAAUAUAUCAUUAUUAUCAACAGCAGAAAUAUAUUUUAAACACAUGGUCAAUUAUGUUGAACAAUUAGAUGUUUUUAUGACACACACCGAUAAUAAACGAAUGAAAUUAACAGCUUUAUUAUGUUUAAUUCAUCUUUAUUUAUCUAAAUUGAAGAAUGAGAAUGUUGAUUUUAGUUUACAAUACAAAAAUGUAUUUAAAUUAUUAUUUCAAACAUUAAAAGAAUGUGUUAAAGAGCAAAAAGUGAUGAUAACAACAGGUCUAUCAGCAUGGUUAAUCACCUAUGCAUUGAAUAAAAUUAUUCAUUUAAGUUUAAUUGCAACAAAAAUUAUUGAUGAACAUGCCAUUUAUUCAUUAAUGGUAUUAUUAAAACGUGGCGUUAUUGAUGAAAAAUUUGAAAGUGGUAUAGUAUUAUUAAAUUUAAUUCAUCAACAACCAAUAAAAACUAUUCAAAUUUUAAAACGAGAUAAAGCAUGUUGGAAAUUAUUCGAACACAUGCGACCAUACUUGGAUGAUGAAAAUAAUACACGACAAAAUAAAUUGGCUGCUGAGUGA